AUGGACGAAACUGGUAUUCAGAGUGUUCCAGACAAACUUCCGAAAAUUGUAUCCGACCAGGGCCAGAAAGAAGUAGCUAAAAAUGUAAGUGCCGAACAAGGCCAAACAGUCACAGUUAUCUGCUGCCUCAACGCCAACGGUGGCUACAUUCCGCCCUAUUUUAUAUUCAAAAGAAAGAGGGAAAACCCUCUUUUAAUUAAAAAUGGCCCGAUCGGCUGUAAGAUGGCGGUCACUGACAAGGGCUUGCCACCCCAUACGAGCUACAAAACUCAGCCACUCGACCGGGUGUUUUUUAAACCCCUCAAAACCUACUACAGCCAGGUCACGGAUUCGUGGCAAUCGUCCCCCCCCGGGCAGGUGACGGAUCAAAGUCGGGAAGAAGAUGAUUUCGUUCAAGAACCAAUGGUAGAUUUUGGCGACGAUAACUGUGAUACCGUUUUCGACUGCCCUGCUCCUGAGCCUUUAGUGCUGCCUCAGGCUCCUACGUCCGUCCUUGACCGAUCCCGGAAGAAGAUUUCGUCCAAGAACCAAUAU